UAGUGUUUGAACUGAGCGCGGGGCUCUGGAGCGGUUCCGAUAAAGAAACAGCAGCAGUAAUAAUACAGAUUAUAAACCCGGUUUUCAACAAAAAUGGAGGACUAGCGGAAGUUCUGCGGGGUUUACAGCUUACAGGAGAUUCAGGCACGGAGUUACGAUCCUGACCACCAUGCCCAUCCGGGCGUACUGUACCAUUUGCUCGGAUUUCUUUGACCACUCAAAGGAUGUGGCUGCGAUUUACUGUGGCCACACCUUCCACUAUGCGUGUCUGCUUCAGUGGUUCCAGUCUGCUCCCACUAAAACCUGCCCGCAGUGCAGGAAACAGGUCAGCUCGAGACACAUCAUCAAUAAGCUGUUUUUUGAUAUCGCGCCAGAAGAUGAAGGAUCUGCGGCCGAUCCAGAAAGCUUACAGAACGAGCUGGACAGAAUGAAAGCAGCUUUUUCUGAAAAGGAGAGAGGCUGGCGGGAGAAACAGAAAGCGGCUGAUAAUCUGAGGGAGACGAUCGAGAAACAGAGAGCCGACCUGGAAAGAGUGAGGAGAGAGAUAGGAGAGAAAGAAAUGCUCUGUACUACUCUUCGAAAGCAGAUGCAGUAUCUGGAGAGCCAGCACAGGGAAAGCGAGGCGGCUAAAGAGGAGGCCAAACGACUCCGAGUCAAAAUGAAAACCUAUGAGAGUCUGAAUGCAGUCCUGCAGGGCCAGCGGGCGGAGGUGGAGGCCAUGAUUUCAGACAUGGGCAUCGGCCAGUCAGCUGUGGAACAACUGUCCAUUUACUGCGUCUCUCUGAAAAAAGAAUAUGACAAUCUAAAAGGAAGCCUCAGAUCCUCCAAUGACAUGUGUGAGAAGCUGAAAAGGGAACUGUUCUCCUCGAAUAAUAAGUUGCAGAAAGCGACAUUUGAGAUGAACAGAGCAAAGGAGGACAUGAAGGCCCUGCAAAAGGAUCUCACUAAUGCAGACAAAGAAAUCACAAGUCUGAAGAAGAAGGUGGAGAUCCUGCAGAAGACCCUGAGCACGCCCACCCGCACCAACGAGGCCAUCAGCCGACUCGUGUUUGAAAGUCCUGCUCCUCUUGAGCUGAAGCCCCCGCACCUGCACCAGCCUGCAGACGGUCAGGACAUUGACCUUAACGUGACCUUUGACAUCAGCACACCUGAGCAGGUGGAGAAAAAGCCUGUUACAGUUCCUGCAAAGAAGAUGCGUCUGGAUCCGGCACAAUCUUCAUCCAAACAGAGUGAAAACAUUUUUACGAGUAAGAACUCUCAUACUAAAGAAGAGGAGGAUUCCAUGUUUCGCAACUCGUUGCUGUUUAGGAAGAAGAUGUUUGGCAGCAUGCUCGACCCACACAGCAAACCUGGCUCUGUGAGAACAGGCUACGACGGGCUCGGAGGAAGAACCAAAUUUAUUCAGCCUUCCCCCCUGGCUGAGAUCAGACCCCUCAUCAUGAAGGCCAAGAGGAAGAAGGUGUCGAGACCAGCUCCCAACAAACUGUCCGUUAACCUGCCCACACUGGACGGCUUCCUGGAGUGAAGCUCCCAAACCCCAGCUGGAGCUCACUGUGACUCUUAAGGGAGCUUGGGUUGGUUAUUAGGGCUGUGCAAUACAAAAGGGCGGAGUUCUAGUAUUGUAAGUACAGCUGUAGUAUGCAAAAGUUUGGGCAAUUCUGGCCAAAUCACAUGCUUUACAUUUUGCUAAUGUUUCAGGUGUAAAUAAGUUAAUGCAUAAUCUACUGUGAGCAAACUUCUUAACACUUCUGAAGCACAAGCCCUGUUCAUUUGCUUACUACAUUAUAAACUAGUUUCCCUGAUGCGGAUUAAGCAUAGAUUUGGACUACACGGCAUUUAUUACAGUAAUUCAGUUGAAACUGUGAAACUCUUAUAUUAUAUAGAUGUACUACACACCGAGUGAUCUAUUUUAAGCCUUUAUUUAUUUUAUUGUUGAUGAUUAUGGCUUACAGUCAAUUAAAAAAAAUCAGUGUCUCAGAAAAUUUGAAUAUUAUGAGACUAAUUCUUUUUUUUUUUUUUUUUUUUUUUUUU